AUGGAGCCCUCCCUCCCGGUGCUGCUGGUCCUUGUUCUGUCUCUGCCUGUCUCCACGAGUCAGCACUUCUUCCUGCUGCGGCCCAGCGACCUGACGCCGGUCCUGGAGCUGCAGGAGGACCCGGACCCGGAGCUCGACCCCCGGGAGAAGGACCUGAACGAGACGGAGCUCCACAGCGCGCUGGGGAGGCACUUCUGCCCGGAGAUGAUGUCCCUGUUUCCCCGGGAGGAGGACCAGGAGGAGGGGCCGCUGCCCAAAGACCUCCAGGACCUGGACCUGGACCAGAAGCAAAAGAAGAAGAAGAAGCUGCGCCGGUGGCUCCAGCUGUGGGCGCGCACUGGCUGCCCGCUCGUGCACACAUGGACCGACCUGGGCACGCGCUUCUGGCCCCGGUACGUGCGAGUGGGCAGCUGCCGCCGACAGAGCUCGUGCUCGGUGCCGCGGGGCAUGUUCUGCAGGCCCGCGCGCUCCUCCAGCCUCACGGUGCUGCGGUGGCGCUGCGUCACCAGGGGGGCGGGGCUAAGAUGCGUGUGGAUCCCCGUGAACUACCCCGUCAUAUCAGAGUGCAAGUGCGCGUGCCCCACCUGA